AUGCUUCAUAUCAUUGGUAUAUUCGUGUCAUUACUGAUACGCGCGUGCGGUGCUAAUGAUGUAGUGUCAUCCCCUUACAUAACAUCAUUCUUAACCGAAUCGAGUGUAUAUUCUCGAUUCGCCAAUGUGUACGUCACGGUUCAAGUUGAAAACGACGCAGACGAAAGCAGAACAGCAAUGUUUUCAAUACAGGUUCCCAAAGAAGCAUUUAUAACGAGUUUCUCGAUGGAAAAUGAUGGCCGAAUUAUUCAUGGUGUCGUGAAAGAGAAGAUAGAAGCUGAUGCUGCUUACGAGGCUGCCCGUCAGGACGGACAGACUGCAGGUCGGAUAUCAGAAGUCGCUCCGCCACCUGGACGCGCUAUGAAAAAUUUCGUAAUGUACAUGAAUGUGGCAGCAAAUUCUGACGCUAUUUUUAAACUCUCAUAUCAAGAGCUCAUUAAAAAGGUUUUGGGGACAUACACACAAAAAAUACAUAUAGAACCAAACCAAAUUGUGGAAAAUCUCACAGUCGUUGUCUCGCUUCAAGAACCACAGGGAAUUGACAAGUUCUCGUACACGCUUCCUGGUUCUGAAGUCUCUUUGACAAACUCGAUCUCCUCUCAAAAUACUUUGGUACACAUGUCCGAAAGAAAGAGGAAGCUUGUGUACACUCCAUCGCUGGCGAACCAGCUAGAUUUCUUUGGCUCCGGAAUGAAAGGUGACUUGACAAUAAAGUACACUCUGACGGCGCCACAAACCAAUGGAGGAACACUCCUUGUUAACAAUGGCGCGUUUGUCCACUUUUUUUCACCAUCUGGUUUAUCAAAGAUGAGCAAAACAGUUAUAUUUGUCAUAGACGUUAGUGCUUCCAUGAGAGGGAACAAAAUUAGACAAGUAAAGGUGGCGAUGCAUUCGAUAUUGAUACGACUUAGGACUGGCGAUUUUUUUAACAUAAUUUUAUUCAAUACUAGAGUGCACCGGUGGAGACCAGAUCCAGUGUUAGCUACCGUUACAAAUACUUACUCUGCCAUAUCAUUUGUAGAUGACAUGAUAGCCAUGGGGAGGACCAACAUCAAUUAUGCAUUGGUAUCGGGAGUUCGUGAUAUCAACAAUGCCUUUAGAAAUAGAGGAAAUCUGGUUGUGUUUCUCACGGACGGCCUACCAAACGCAGGUGAGUCGAACGAAACCCUUAUAUUAGACAACGUUCAAAGAACUAAUAGUGAUGGCUUAGUCUCUAUAUUCUGUCUCGGUUUCGGAAAUGCAGUGAGAUUCGAUUUUCUGAGACAAAUUUCCCUUCAGAAUCAAGGAAAAGCCUAUGUUAUAUACGAAGAUGAAGAUGCAAGUGUGCAACUUGAUGAUUUUUAUAGAGGUGUAGAAUCAGUCACACUUAAGAAUAUCGAAUUCCACUACCCUGCUGACCUUGUAGUGACGGAAGAUCUCACAGAUACAUCCUUUCCUAAUUUCUUCGAGGGAUCUGAAAUCGUUGUGUCUGGAUACCUUCAACCAGAAGUGGAUAUCGCAUCAAAUCCUUUGACGGCGUCGAUCAUCGCUGUUGGUGUCGACAAAGACGUAACUUUUCAUUCUACCGCCGAACCCGAGACAGGAGAAACUCUGCAUUUUGCACAGAGGCUUUGGGCGUAUAAGAAAAUAAAGGAAUAUUUAGACCUUGCUUUGAUAUCAAGUAGAGAAGACAGACACAAAUACGAACAAAAAGCACUAACUCUUUCCUUAAGAUACAGUUUUGUGACACGCCUAACUUCAAUGGUCGUCACUGGCGCAGUCAAUGCUGAAAAUAGUUGGUUAAGUGGUGUUAAUGCUGGGAUUUAUCGCAAUAUGAAGGCUAGAGCCAAACAUGAUCCGAAAAGUUAUGCUAAAUCUGGCAAUGAUUGGAAAGUCAUGACCACUGCUUUGAACGUUGCGAGGAAUCGUGUCUACGCUCACGAUGGGUUUCAUCGGAAUACAGAACGUAUAAUCAGAAAUCGGGGGAGUGAUAUGGAUAUAGAACGUACAGUAUUACCUUCCAAGGCAAUAAAUGAUGGCGCACCUGUUUCACCGACUGUUCAUACGAAUGUCAUUGUAACGUUUCUAUUGUAUUUUCUUGGGCAUCUUCUCUAG